UAUGAGACAUGGUUUUGGUCGUCAUCUCUCGUACUAUGUACUUACUUAUACGAAGGUAGUAGAAUAGGUGCCCAGUAGCUGUAAGUGUGAACACAAACAACAUUACUGAAUUGAGAUUAUAAGCAGAAUUUACGAUCCUCGAAAGGUAAGCGUAAGAAGGAUGGGUAUCAUUGCUAUAUUUAGCUACCAUCAUUCCAAUCACCAGCCAAUCACAUAAUGACGAGCUACCUUUAAUGAGACACAUCUGCGUACAAGCAGUGCCGGACUCCGUAGCUAUUCCUGAAGGAAGGACGUUAAUACUUAAUUUUGAGUUUUUAACCAUUUACCCAAUGCGUGAUCUUAGAAUGGAAUGGCGAAUUGGGACGGUAAUAUUUCAGCGCACCACCUUCUCACAAAAAGGGCAAUUGAUUACCGCUAAGCUGGUGAUACGGAAGGUACGACCACAAAUGACUGGAAAGGUCCUUGGUUUUCUCUCUGUAAGGACAAGGACAAGCGUUAAGCUACUUUCAAUAGUUCAGAGCUCCUGUGUGGUGUAUGAAUAUAGAGACAAAUGUUCCCGAUUUUACAAAAUUUUAAAUAAUGUAAUCCGCCUAAAACAGGACAAGGAGCAUAAUAAAUUGAUAAUAUCAGUCAACAGAUGGACACAUUUUAUUCGUAUUAAAAUACACAGAAAUGUAACCUACACACAAAAACCGGACUCAAAACUUCGUAAUAAGUUGGUACUAAAGUCAAUUGUACCCGCUCAAAGGCCUGGAACUCCAUCCUGGGCCCAAUACUUCAAGAGAAAUAUAUGCAAAAAAAAAGUCAAACGUUUGACCAGGCUCCAUAGAAGUGUUUAUGAUAUAAAGAUCUAUAUGAGUUCUCAAGAAAGCACUUCUUCUUCUUCUACGAGUCAGCUACACUAUAGUCCUCUUUUGAGGCCCGAGAUCCGACGAAUUCGAAGACUAUUACCCCCUAUACCCCGUAACUUGCCACAACGUCAAGUAGGCCGUAGAGUAAUAAACUUGCCAUUUCCGAGCCGCUGGUCACAUUGGGAGAGUGUACAACCUACAUUGAGGCUACGAUCAUUGCCUGUCCCCGUACGAACCUUACCAUACCCUCUCUGGCUUAAUGGGUAUCUAAGACGAGAAGCGACACCCCAAGCAGGCGUGACGCGUCAGGGACAGUACGAUGGUCUAAAUGUACCGGAUCCACCAAGACGCUACCCGGUUUGUCUAGAGGCUACAUAUAGAACCCACCGCCGUCUAAUACCACCACUCCCACCAAGACGACAAUUACUCCCCAACUAUACAAGAACGAACCCUGGGUUAGAUAGACAACAUAGUCGCGAAGUAAUGCCCCAAGCGAUUGUUAGCAGACCACAGAAUUAUAAUAAUGAGGACCACCUACCAGCUGUGCAAAGACGCUGCGAAUAUAAACCUGACCAUUUACAACUCACACCAACAGAUCGGCGCUUCGUGACUCCCCCUUCAAAUCUGGGAUCACAAUUACGCGAUACUAUAUCGCACAGCAGCCAACCACCAACCGCAAAUAUGUCAUCACAUUCAUCAACACCAAGCGCAGUACUUUGUAAAUCUCCGCCUAUAACAAAGACAUUCGUUUUAGAAGAAAAAGAAGGAAAACAUGAUGACUAUCUUUAUCACUGGUCUUACAGAGAAAAUAAUGAAUGUGAAACCCAAACGAAGAAAAACAUGACAGAAAUUAAAAACCCACUGUUUUCUCCAUCAUCUUUGAAGAAAGAUCACGAAUUUGGAGCAAACCGGUGUGAGCUUUUCAAAAAUCUCGAAGAGCCCAUCAAAGUCCUAUCACCGUCAUCUUCAAAGUGGGUGCCACCAACGUGGGCUAAGUGGCUUUCCCCGUCUCCUGAUGUAGGAAUAGAGUCAUUCCAAGAAACCGUUGAUAUUGAAGGUCAAGCGAGUGUAGUUUCUACAGAAACGGGUCCGCUUGAAGAACUUAAGGCUGUAGAUUCGGUGAUAACAUUGACCACAAAAAAUGAAAUACAUAUAACUAAAGCGGACGAAGACCAGGAUGGACAGCUACCUAUGAGAUUCGCUAUUCCCGUGAGACCAAGAUCAUUACCGAGAAGGGUCUUGGCGCGUUGUAUAAAUAUGAUGACGAAUUGUUGCACAUGGAUGAACAUGUGGGGACACUCAAUAUUUAAAACUGAAAGCUCCGACAGGACGGAUUCCAUUGAGUCCGAGUCGAGCUCUAGCCUGAGUGGAUCCUUCCGAUUGAGCCAACUGUUGGCGCGAAACCAGCCAGCGCCGGUGAUUGACGUAUAAAUCUUGUCGCAAGGCAUACCUCAACCUUGCACUGAUCCUGCUCCGUCUCACUAGAAGAAACCUCAUCAACUGACUAAAAACGGGCCCAAAUCAAGAUUUUAAACGCAAAAUUAUGUACCAAUGUAGUUGGCAUUAUAAUUUAAAUGUGAAUAAGUUUAUACCUACUACGACUACAAAUAUAAUAAUUUAUUUGUUAUCUAUUGUAAACUGACAUGAGUGGGCUGUGUGUCUAGUCAAAAACAGUGACAAGAUCGGGAAAUAACUUUUCACAAAGAAAAAUAAUAACCAAUUAAACUAUAUCAGUCAAUCGAAAAACUAACACAGGUACUAAAUUUUUACUACCCAACAAACCUGCGAAGACGGAGUCACGUCGUAAGGAUGUUUAUGGAGACACACAUGGAAAAUGGAGACACACAUGAAAUCACUACCAACUCAAAUGUCCGACUACAACUAACUAUAAUUAUACCGUGCAUACAAUUAACUUCUUACAUUAUCCAAACAACGAGAACCAAAGACAAACCAGUAGAGAGGUGAAUGGAGUUAUAAAUACAGAGAUAACAAAAGACCACCAGAGAACUAUUAGCCAAAGAGAUGAAGUUAUCUGAUCAUCUAGUCUGUUGUCAGUCGACAACAAUACCUACAGGGCCACAUUGUCAAUAAAUAAAUAUUAGUAAAU